AUGUUCGAUGGGUAUUUUGAUGAUUAUGAACAUGCCAAAGAGAAUGCGUUGAAAGCCAUCGACGAGUAUGCGAGCGCUGUUGAUCCAGUCAAGCGCGAAGAGCUUGUUGUGAUUGCAAAAGGCUGCGUUGACGAAGUCGAGCGAUAUAUUCGCAUUCUGGAGAACGAAGCGAAAAAUGGUUCGACUCCUGUUGCAAGAAAAAAAAUGAUGGAACAGGUGCGCAAUUGCAAAACGAAUUGGACCAAAUUGAAGACUUCGCUUGAAAAAGAAAUUUUGGUGGGCGAUGCACGUGCUGGAAAAUCUCCUGAUUCCUGGAGAGAUGCUCAAACGUUGGAGCAAAUGGAGCGCUGCGCUGAGCGCAUUGAUAGAAAUGGACGUCAUCUAGAUGAGGCACAGCGCACUCUUGCUGACACUGAAGCCAUUGCGGAGAAUGUUGCUAAUAACUUGCUGCAGCAACGCAAUCAGCUGGAGCACACUGAGCUUAAUGUUGCACAAACGCACGAAGACACCGUAGAGGCAAAAGGUUACAUACGAUCUAUGGCGUGCAAAGCGCUGGUCAGUCGAGUGUUGCUGCUAUUUGUGAUUGUGGCACUAGGCAUUGCUAUUAUUCUGGUAUCGUACUACAAAUGGUAUCCGCGCAAUAAGAAGGAUCAACUCGGCAUCUUGCCUGAUGUGAACAAUUCUACAUCCAAUAGUACCAGUACCUAA